UUGAUCUCCCGAUUGCAACCAGUAAUACGGAUUACUGAUUGGACAUCUCAAAUAUGAAUUCAAUGCUGUUGAUUCAAAGGCAAUCAUGAAGGCAUGGGCUGUUUGAAUUUCAUCGAUCAACCUCUUAAAUAUGGAUACGUUGUCCCUCCUCAUAUAGCAUUGUCCGGUUGAAAUAGGGAGAUCAGUGAGGGAUUGUAGGGAGAUGGAAAAAGUAGCUUUCUGUGUUGACUCUGGAAAUAGGGAGAUCUACGAGGAGGGACAACGUAUCAGGUAGAGGCAGUGUCAGUAGUUCAGUGGAGAAUAGAGAAAGGGUCAGUCUAGGCCGUUUCCAUCUUUGUUCCUCUUCCACUUCUCAGUGUGCUUAUGAUGUGUUCUUGAGCUUUAGAGGCAAAGAGACCCGCAAGACUUUCACUGAUCACCUUUACAUAGCUCUGCUGGAUGCAGGAUUUCGCACUUUCAGGGAUGAGGAGGGGAUUGAAGUAGGAGAAAACAUCAAGCUUGAACUCUGGAAAGCAAUUCAAGACUUUAGAAUUUCAAUAGUGAUGUUCUCCAAGGACUAUGCUUCUUCAUGUUGGUGUCUUGAUGAGCUUUAGAUUUCAUAUAGCCACUUUCCUCCAUGUGGGGUUAAGGCUUGCGAUUAUUGUUGUUUUUGCAUCCUGCAUUUAAUUGGAAAUAUCAUCCCCACGUGACUUUUGUUGGAAGAUCGUCCCCACUUCCUACUUUUUCCCUUGGAUUUUUUUUUUUGGAAGAUCAGUAUUCUAUUGAGGCCUAUGAUGUUUUAAAGAUUGCCGACAUGGUCCGACGGUAAUAUUUUUACUGUCCAUGGUGGAGAAAAGUCUGAGACUCUGAGGCCAUAUGAAUACUGUGCGUUUAUUUCUAGAAUGAAGUUAUGGGAAAGAAAAAAUUGUUCAAAUUUAUGCACCAAAAAUUGUGUUUCUUUGCUGUAGACUGACAUUAUGGCUUCAUUUUAAUAGGCUGGAAAUACCAACCUGAAUAAUUGGGUUUCCGUUCCUUGUUCUGACCAAGUAGAAAUAGCUUGUGAUUCCUUGUCCUUGGUGCUGAGGAAAUAGAAGGCCUCAUUCUGGACAUGCACUUGUUGAAGGGGGUUGCUGAAGGAAAUUCUAGCGAAGUAGUUUUUGAAACCAAUGCAUUUGCAAGGAUGUGCAAGCUAAGACUUCUCCAGCUCAAUUUUGUACAACUCAGCGGCAGCUUUGAAAAAUUUCCUAAAACAUUAAGGUGGUUGUGUUGGCAUGGCUUCCCUUUUGAAUCUAUACACAAUGACUUCCGAUUGGAUAACGUGGUGGCUCUUGACAUGCGUUACAGCAGGUUAAAAAAUGUUUGGGAUGGAAGAAAGUGUUUUAGUUCAUUGAAGAUCCUUAAUCUCAGUCACUCUCAUUUCCUUGCCAAAACUCCUGAUUUCUCACUAGUCCCCAAUCUUGAGACACUAAUUCUUAAAGAUUGUGUGAACUUGGCUGAGGUUUAUGAAUCCAUUGGAAACUUAAAGGCAUUUGCUCAAAAUUCUAUUCAGGGGCUGCAUGAAGUAGGCAUAUUCAGCACAUUUUUUCCUGGAGGCGAGGUUCCAGACUGGUUUAGCAAUAAAAGUGCAGGGUCCACAGUAUCUUUUACUGUGUGCUCACUUCCUAAUUGCAGGUUCCAAGGCUUGAACUUCUGCUGUGUCUAUGCACUUUCCAAUAAAGAGGAGAUUUGGUGGCCUCCUCCAUUGUUUGCUAAAAGUUUGCAAUAAGAGCAAGGAUCUCAAGUGGAUAUAUGGUCCAUGUGGCUUUGCCAUUCCAAAAGCUGGAGAAGAGGUGAUAUGGUUAAGCCACUGGAAGCUUGGGAAUUAUUUGGACGCAGGUGAUAGUGACUGUUCAAGUAGAGGUGGACGUUGGUUUUCAAGUUGGAGGAGUGUGGCAUAAACCAUGUGUGUGAGCAAGACCAGGAGGACAUCCAUAAAGCUUGCUUCGAUCACUCUCAUCUAGAUGCCUGUAUUUAUGGGCAUAUUCCAAUGGUUUCUGAAAUGUCUAUUAAUGGAGCAAAUUUCCUCGGCACUCGUAUCGGCUACUCCUGCCGAAGGUCCUCAAGAACUGAUCACUUUGCUAGAUUGGAUUGGACCCAAAAAUUAUUGGAGGACUCCAUAGAAGUACCAGACCAAGAUGAAGUACAGGAUGAGCAUGGCUUGUCAGGGGAGCAACAAGGGCAGCUAUCUCAGCAAGGGCUAACAAAUGUGUUCACUUGCUCGCACUCUCUCUUGUUCUCUCAGAAGGCAAGAACUUUACCAAUCUUUGGGUGCAGCAAGCAGACGAAGCAAGGCUCGAGAGAGGGAGAAAAUGAUCCAGUGCUUGGGGAUGGCAACAGGUCGUUCAUUUAUCUAUUUGUGUAUCCAUAUAAUAAACAUUCAAAAUAUGUCUUGUCCAAAAAUCUUGUUGGCUCCUUGCACAAGUUGCUGCCGAUGCUGAUGGGGAAACAUCCUAAUCCUUGCAGCGCCGUUACCAAAUGGUUAUCUUUGUCAUUGGUAGGGCUUAAUUUGAAGAAUUAGGCUUGAAAGAUGAUAUUAUAAAUCAAAUCAAAGGAGGAUUAGGAGUCAAGGGAAUAAUAAUAAUAAAAAAAAAGGAAUAAUUGGAGAACGGAAGCAGGCAGCCGUAUAAAAUAGAAUAAACGGAAUUGGAGAAGAAAUUGGAGCACAUUAGAAUGAACUAAA